AUGGAUUUCUCCAACCUCGAAUGCAGGCAUCUGGUCUCUCCAGACUACAAGAACUUUGUCCUCUCCAUUUUGAUUAUCUUCGGGAUUCUCCUCUCCUAUCUUCCUCAGCAUAUCCGCAUCAUCUCCCUCAAGAGCUCUUUCGGGAUCUCUCCUUACUUCGUACUACUGGGAACGACUUCGGGGACAUCAGCGCUCGUGAACGUUGUGACACAACAACAAAGCUUGCAUGAUGUGGCAUGUUGCAAGAGCAUCAACGGAGUGGCUUGUUUCGGGGGACUACUCGGGAUCUUCCAAGUCGCAACCCAGUGGUUCUGUUUCGUCAUUAUCCUUCUGCUUUUCGUUCUCUAUUUCCCUCGAGCCACUUCGCCAAGCUCGCCUACUACCUCGGAGUCUUCAACUAGAGAUGGCCCAACCCACAAGACAGCCUUGGUGGUGGGCGGUAUCUGUAUUCUCCACGCUUUGGUAAUGUUGAUCAUUACCGCCGUCUUCGCCCUCCAGCGACCAUCGCAGCUCCAGGCCUGGUCCAACUUCUCGGGCGUGGUCGCCGCGAUUCUCGCGUCAAUCCAGUACUUCCCCCAGAUCUACACGACCGUCAAGUUGCGCUGCGUGGGCAGCCUGAGCAUUCAGAUGAUGUGCAUUCAGACCCCUGGAAGCCUCGUGUGGGCAGGCAGUUUGGCUGCCAGAUUGGGGCCGAAGGGCUGGAGCACCUGGGGCGUGCUGAUCGUCACAGCAUGCUUACAAGGCACGCUCCUGAUGCUGGCCAUCUUCUUCGAAUACUUUGGUCCCAGCAAGCAACAGGACCAUCACCAUGGCAAAGAUCUUCCUCCAAAUGGCGCAGAUGAGGGCGCAGAUGAGCAUCGCGACGAGCAGCCGUCGGAAGAAACCCCGCUCCUUCAAAGCCACUGA